CAUAGUUUAGUAAUCAUUCUAGAAAUAUUUUCGAUAUACAUAUGUAUUCUGUUUAAUUAUAGUUGGAGAAAUCAAUAUCAAUAUCAUAGAUCUAUAAAAUAUAUUCACGGUAGAUGAAAACGUUUUUAAUCAAAGUUUAUAGGAAAUAUUUUUACGACUGUACAUUGUACUUCAUUCAUAUUACAAUUUUAUUCUUGCAUUGUACACCUAUAUAGAUUGCACGUCACGCUAUAUGUAGAUUAAUUGAUAUUAAUAAUAACGACUAAAUAGUUUGAAGAAACAAUACAACGUGUACAUAUAUAAUAAUUAAAUAAAUAAUGAAUGAAGCGUUUAUAACGACGUAUUUAUUAUGAACAAGUUAAAGCACUCCGUUAUAGUAUGGUAGUUACGGCUUAGGUUAGAGUCGCUUGUAAAUACCGUACUCGUAAAGCAUUGUGUAAAAAGCACGAUAGGAAUUGACUAAUCAGUCGAAAUAAAAUUAAUUAAAACAUGAACAAUGAUAAUGAGGAAAAUUCAGACAAUGAUGUCCUAAAACAUGCCAAGAAUGCUGUAUUAGGACAUAGUUCACGAUUACCGAAUGAAACACCUACGGUGCAAGGAUAUGAUUGGAACAAGGGAAUUGAUUAUCAUGCAUUGUUACAAACAUACAAAAAUUCUGGAUUCCAAGCAACAAAUUUUGGUUUAGCGGUGGAUGAAAUUCAACAAAUGAUAAAUGCUCGAAACAUUCCUCUUGCAGAUGAUCAAAUCGAUCCGUCGGAAGACGAUGAAUUUAUAAGGAGAAAGUCUUCGUGUACAGUAUUUUUAGGAUAUACAUCUAAUAUGGCUUCGUGCGGAAUUCGAGAUACUAUAAGGUUUCUUGUACAACAUAAAAUGGUAGAUUGCAUUGUUACUACAGCAGGUGGUGUGGAGGAAGAUUUGAUCAAAUGUUUAGCACCAACUUAUAUAGGAGAUUUUCAUUUAUCAGGAAGACAUUUACGAAAACUUGGUAUCAAUAGAAUAGGAAAUUUAUUAGUACCUAAUGAUAAUUACUGUAAGUUUGAAGAUUGGCUUAUGCCUAAAUUAGAUGCAAUGUUGGCGGAACAAAAAGAAAAAGGUAUCCUAUGGACACCAUCAAAAGUAAUAGCUAGAUUAGGCGAAGAAAUUUAUAACGAAGAUUCAAUUUAUUAUUGGGCAGCAAAAAAUAAAAUUCCAGUGUUUAGUCCAGCUUUAACAGAUGGUAGUCUCGGCGAUAUGAUGUAUUUCCAUUCUUUUAAGAAUCCAGGACUUGUUAUAGAUAUAGUGUCAGAUCUGAAACGAUUAAAUACAAUGGCGAUGAAAGCAGUAAAAAGUGGAAUGAUUAUUGUAGGAGGUGGCAUUAUAAAACAUCAUAUUUGUAAUGCAAAUUUAAUGAGAAAUGGCGCUGACUAUGCUGUAUUUAUAAAUACAGCUUCAGAAUUUGAUGGAAGCGAUAGCGGCGCUCGUCCGGACGAAGCCGUUUCGUGGGGGAAAAUUCGUAUAGAUGCAAAACCAGUGAAAGUUUAUGCAGAAGCAUCUCUGGUGUUUCCGCUACUUGUAGGUGAAACGUUUGCUCGACAUUAUCAUUCCUCGAAAGAAAGAACUGUAUCGGACGUCUAAGUAAUAAAAAUAUUUAAUUCUUAAUAAAC